ACCGAGGAAUGUGCUGCAGAACUCAGAAGCCAUUUUGAGAUGAUGCCCCUGUUGAGAAAACCUAUGAAGAUGCUGAAAUCAACGAACAUGGUUACAUUUCUGUCUGUUUCUCCCUCCGUCUCCUCUAUUUCACCAUGGCAGCUGUCAACCGACGGGACAUUAGCAAAGCGGGGUAUCGAGCUGUGCUCACAGAGUUAAAACGUCAUUGAUAUGAAAGAGGAGAGUGUCUGUUUACUGUCUCAGUCGAGACAUGUAACACCGUGAGUUUUUUCCAGUCUGAAAUCUUCCAGCAUCUCUCACAAACCAACGUCUCCUUUGAGUGACUGUGUUAACUCACUCUGGUACCGGGGAGAAGGGAGGCAGAUCCGUUUUCCAAUGGCUUCUGUGAGCCUGGUUUCCAGUCCCCCAGCCCCUGUUCUUGACAAAAACAUGACAGACUCUGAGCUUGCAGGGGAUGAAAGAGAGGAUGGUGAAUUGGAAGAUGGGGAAAUAGAUGAUGAAGGGAUUGGAAUUGAAGAGGAAAACAAAGAGGCUACAGAGGCGACUGAAGAAAAAGAGAAAGACAAGGAGAAAGAAAAAGAUAAAAGUAAAGACAAAGAAGAAAAGAGUCACAGACACUCAAGGAAAAGAUAUAAAAAGACCAGAGAGAAGAGGAGAUCAAAAAGAAGGAGACGUGACAGACAGAAACAUCACUCUCCCUCAAGCAGCUCCAGCUCUGACAGUUAUGACUCUGACUACGAUCGACCAGAGAGGCCCAAAAACAGGAGGAUCCACGGAUCUAGUCGCGAGUCCGAUGGCCAGUCUUCUCAGCAUUCAAAGGCAGGCCAUGGCAACUCACAGAAGUCCUCACCGCACAAGAGCAGUGAUUUCGACAAAUACAGCGAUUACAGCGAUGACAAGUAUGACUACGACGAAGAGGAGGAUGACUAUGACGAUGACAUGUCCGAGUACCAGCAUUCAAAAGAUUCAAGUCAGGGAAAGGGGCGCCACGCUAAAGACCAGAUGAACAGAGGGAGCAUGAGGGGGAUGAAGCAUCAACAGUUUGGGCAGAGGGGAAGAGGCAGAGGGAGUGGGCCAGGAAGAGGACGUGGGAUGCUUAACAAGAACAAGAAGCUGAAGGGCAAACCCUGGGGAGGACGUGGACGAGGGAGAGGAGGAGACCAGGGCAUGGAAGACAUGGGACCGGAGGGAAAAAAUUGCUCUGGUUUUCAGAAGAAACGGCCGAUUAUGAGCAAGGAGUUUAUUAAUCAGCAUACAGUUGAACACAACGGUAGAUACAUCUGCAAGUAUUUCCUGGAGGGUCGAUGCAUCAAGGGGGAACAGUGCAAGUUUGAACAUGAGCUCGUUAUACCGGAUAAGAAAAAGGAGCUUUGCAAAUUUUACCUUCAAGGAUACUGCAGCAAAGGAGAUAAUUGCAUUUACAUGCACAGUGAGUACCCUUGCAAGUUCUUUCACACAGGAGCCAAAUGUUACCAAGGGGACAACUGUAAAUUCUCCCACGAGGCUCUGACUGAUGUGACUAAAGAGUUGCUUGAUAAGAUAAUUAACACUGAAGAGGAGAACGCCCGCGAGGAUGAGUUAGAGCUGGAGGAUCUGAGAAAGCAGGGUAUUGCCCCACUUCCAAAGCCUCCUCCUGGGGUGGGUUUGCUGCCCACUCCUGGUCAGAGCAGUCCUACAGAUAGCCAAGCAGGGAAAAAGAUCCCCUCCCUGUUUGAAAUCAAGGUUCAGCCGACUGUAGACUUGGUACAAAAAAUUGCUCUGAGUGGAUCUAAUUACUCCCAAAAUCAAGGUGAUGGCACCAACCAGUUUAGUGGAGGUUCAGAUGAAACACAGAGUGGCGCUAUGGGGCCUUCAGGGUCUUCUGCUCCUCCUAUUCCUCCCCCUGGAUCACCGGGUCCCAUGGGUCACCCCACUGGACCACCUAUGCCACAGAGCCCCCCAGGACAGCACCCACCACACGGAUUUCCAAUGCAGCCACCAAUUCCCCCUGGUCAGCCCCCACCCUUCCAUGGAAACCGGCCUAAUAUCAAUCCCCAGAUGAAUAUGCAGAGGCCGCCGUUCCCCCCUGUACCAGAUCUACAGAUGCUGCAAAGUCUCUUUCCUUUUCCAUCAGUGAGUCAGAACCCAGCAGAACUUUUUAGCAACUUCCUCCGAAACCCGCCUCCAGUUGGUCAACAAGGAGUAGAUCCUAGUGUGGCCUUCAUACAGAACCUCCAGCAGCAGAUGGGUGCAGAGUCACAGUUGCAGUCUCUGCCACCAGCAGUACAGAAAGCCAUCCUUUUACACCUGACACAGCAGCAGCAGCAACAAGAGUCACAUCCACAAGGGAGUGAGCCACAGAGAGCAGAUGGCCAGGAUGACAACAAUACAAACAGAGAUGAAACUACAAACUGGUACUCAAGCGAUGAGGAGGAUGGUAGCUGUGUUUCCUCCAUUCUUAAAACUCUAAAGAAGCAGAAUGAGAUGCAGCAGUCUCAGUCCAAACCCCUCCAGGGUGUCUCAGUGGCUCCGGGGCUGGGCAACCCUCGACUUGGAAAGGAAAGGGCCCUGCCCAGUGACCCACGCAUGAAAACUGACCCUAGACAGCGACCCCCAGAUAUGAAGAAGGAGUCAGACGGAGCUGCAGAUGUACGUCUCUCCAGAGACCCCAGGAAGAUUCGACCGAUGGAGCCCAGUUCCUAUCGCCAGCAGAGCCAUCCUGUUCCUCAAAAGCCUCCCACAGGAGAGGAGGACGAUGAAGGAGAGAGGGAGCUCAGAGACAGAGCUGUUCUGAUCCCUCUAGAUGCCAGCCCUGGUGUGGUGCUGCGGGACCCUCGAUGCCAGUUAAAGCAGUUUAGUCACAUUCGAGUGGACAUUCUGCUCCAGCGGCCUGCCUUUGCACACGCAGUGGUGUGGGCACCCGAGGAUCUCAUCCCUUCCCUGGUGCCCAAACAGGAACACUCCAUCAACCUGCCCCUUCCACCUCUCAUAGCUGACGCUCAAAUGAACAGAACAAGCCUGCCAGACCUUCCCCCAGUCUCCAGCCCUCCACCAUCUGACCCCAGACUCAUAGCUGCACGUUUGAAGGAGCGUAUGAGUCGAUUGCCCACUGGAUCUCUAGAGGCCCGAUCCCCCACAGAGAGACCUGUAGAUCCACGGCAGCAGAAAUCUCUGGACCCCAGACUCAAGCGUACAGGAAGUCUGGACUCCAAGCUGCUGGGUCAGAAAGAGCCCUCCUCUGGGGUUGGACUUGUGGACCCCAGACUGCAGAAGGCCAGUGCCAGCGCCUCUCCUCAUGCUGCCCGAGUCAAGCCAGAGCCCGAGAAGCUGCCACCGUACGCUCCUCGACUGGCAUCCUCCGGUGGAGGGCUGGAGAGUCCCACUACAAUCCUCGGGGGCAUCAGCCUGUACGAUCCUCGUGCUCAGACCGAGCAGGCUCAGAAGGAGCAGUCGGAGCCUCCUAAGAAGGCAGGGAUUCUGAAACAGCCUGCUAAAAAAGAGAGCACUCCUGCACCAUCACUCUCACCAAGCCAACGUAGUGGCUCUUUCGAAGAGGUUAAAAGCCCAGAUGUUGCCACGGAUCCGACUCUGCUCUCCUCUUCUCCCACAGUGCCUCCCGCCUCACCCGUCAAACCCCCAGCAGUUCAUAAUCUCCCCAUCCAGGCACUGGCCGGGCUCAUCCGACCCCAGUACACCGAAUCCAGGCAGGCUAAAGUAGGUGGACAGGCUUCUAUGGGAGCACAGGAAGAGCCAGAGGAAAAGAAGGAGCCAGAGCACAAGAAGAAGGAGGAGGAGGAAGAGGAGGAGGAGGAGGAGGAGGCGGCUGUGGAGAAAGAACCAAAACUGGAGGAUCCAGAAGAGGAAGCAGACGACAGGACACUGAAAGAUGUGUUCAAGACUUUUGACCCCACUGCUUCCCCUUUCUGUCAGUAAACGCUCCACUGUGGGGAAAAAAAAAUUUGUAUACUGAUGAGACAUGUCUAUUAAUCUUUAUUUAGCUUUACAAGAAUCUAUUUAUUUCUGUAUAUAAUCCUGUAUAGAUGAAAUACUACACCUCAUGUUUGUCAGUGUGGAGAAAUGCUGGAUAUGUGCACAGACACAGAGUAUAGUUCUUUUUAACAUCAUCAUAUUAAUGCUGAAUUGUUUUGAAUGUGUGUAUGAUCUUUUAUUAUCGUGUCAUUUUCACAUACGUUCUAAACAAUCAGAAAAAAAGAAAUUAUGUUAACACGUAAAGGUUUCACUAAGGACUGACCCAUAAGCUCUGAGCUAAUUCCAGGCAUUCCACCCCGUAGAAAACAUCAUUCAUUCACUCUAAACACUGAGGGAUAAUGCUAAAUAAUCAGUUAAGGAAUUGUUUUGAGAAUUUUUGUAUUUACAUAUUUAUCUUGACACUUUUUUAUAUCAUGAGAUCUAUAUGUUUACUCUAACCUUUUAAGAUGAGGGAUUUUCUUAAACAUUUUCACUUUUUACCACACACACACACACACCCUGAUUUAAAGUUUGUGAUUUGUCGACUGCUGACACGAUCCGGUCAGAUAAUCAAAACACAAUCCAUGCAGGUCCUUUUUAAUGUAUGUAACAUAUACACACUGUAUGAUAUUGAGAUAUGGCAGAUUGUUUAUCAGUUUCUUGGCUAAAAUACUGAAGCAGUGAUUGAUCACUGUUCCCUUUCACGGUUUUUAAACUCUUUACAGUGAAGCUAGCUUGCAGAAAUUGUUGCAUUAGUUAGCACAGUUCCCGUCUUCGCUUCACUUUUUUUUUUUUUUUGUGGCCUAAAUGCUUUGAGGACAUCACUGUUGUAAACCGGUCUAAAUAAUGAGACAAAUAAAUAUUAGUUGUUUAAUUAGAUUUUUUCAUUGUCAAAACACUCGUAAGCUUGUAAGUAGCAAGUAAAUUGUCUUUCACUUGUUUUAAAACUAGAUAAUCAGUACAAAAGAAAAUUUUCAAGUGUAUUAUACUGAGAAGAAGAAGUACUAUUUUGAUGACGUUGCAGGUGUAUGUAUAUGCGAUACAUAUGUGACCUUUUUGACUGUUUUUACUGUUGAAUUUUGUUGACUGUUCAUGAACUUAUACGGGGUUCUGCGUGCUGCAGAGGGUGAAUGUUGUAGACCUAAGGUGACAUAAUGCUUGGCAGUUUGCUUUAAGUGACAGUUCUGUGUCUGUAAUGUGAGCUACUCUUAUUUGACUGAAACUAAGCUAUUUACGUUUUUGUUUUUUUAAAAAUUUGUUUUCAUAAUUCACAUUGUAAAUGCUUAUUUUGUAUCACGUGUACAGUGUGUUUUUGAGUGUUUUACUGUACAAUGCUAUUAUUUUUUUCAUGUCACUGCAGUGGUUGUGGUUGUAAUGAUAACACAACACAUGUGCCCAGCAUUUUCGGUGAUUUUAUUAUAAAUAUCUAAAAUAAAGAGUUGAAACGGCAA